AUACGAUGAAAAUACUUAAUAUGUGUCCAUCUGUAGUGACGUUGACGACCCUGUCAAGAUACGUACAGUAGAUAACUAGAUAUCUCAAUCUUUACUUACCACUAUCUUUAAAACAAAGUCAAUAUUUAAUUAGAAAGAACAGCUCACGUAUACCUACCUACCUUCCUACGAUUUUUAAAGCUCAGUAUCAACGAAUGUCUCUUUAACUAUAUAUACGUGCGUAAACAAAACCUGUGUUUUUUUGGAUGUAUUAAUAAGUAUAUGAAACAUGCCUCUUGUACUAUUCAGUCAUUUAACCAGUCCUCCAGCAAGAGCUUCAAACCUUGUAUUGAAAGCAUUGAACAUUCCUUACAAGCAACGAGAAAUUGAUACACACAAACAUGAUCAAUUUGACGAGUAUUUUCAAAAAGUAAAUCCUCAACAUACCAUUCCCACUCUUCAAGAUGGUGAAUUAAUCAUGUGGGAUAGCCAUGCAAUUAAUACGUAUUUGGUGAAUCAAUACGCCAAAGAUGAUUCUUUAUAUCCAAAAAAUCCGAAAAUACGUGCCCUAAUUGACCAACGAUUGCAUUUUGAUAGUGGCGUUCUUUUUCCAGCCAUCCCCUACAUGGUUAAUAGAAUUUUCUUCAAAAAAAAUUUAACUUCGGUCACUGAAGGAAUAAUAUCGUCAUUUGAAUAUCGGUACAAUUUUGUUGAAAAGUUUUUAUCGGGAAAAAAUAAAUAUGCUGUAGGAAACAAUAUCACCCUCGCUGAUUUUUCUUUUGUUACCAGCUUAACAACCAUGCAUAUAUUGGUGCCAAUUGAUCAACAGAAGUAUCCAUUAAUAAAAAAAUACCUGGAAUUGUUAAAAUCGCAGUUGAAAAGUUAUGAAGAGAUCAACGAAAAAGGACUCGAAGAAUGUAAUAGAAGAUUAAAAAAUGCUAAUUUCAUGUUUUUGAAAGAGGAAAUAAAAACAAAAUAAAGUUAAAAUACGGGUGGAA